AUGGAGUUCUGCACGCCAACCACGCCGACGCCGGCCGCGGCCUCACCCGCCGCGAGCUGCUGCAGCGCAUGGCCGUGCGCAGCAAGGCCCGCGCCGCGCGGCUGCUCUCGGGGCGCCCCGGCAAGCGCCCGCGUAGACCCGGGAGCUUACACCGGCGUCGUCCCCGACACGGAGUACCUGGUGCACCUGGCCAUCGGCACGCCGCCGCAGCCCGUGCAGCUCACCCUCGACACCGGGAGCGACCUCGUCUGGACGCAGUGCCGGCCGUGCCCGGUCUGCUUCGCCCAGACGCUCCCCUACUUCGACCCGUCCAACUCCUCCACGUUCGGCGCGCUCCCCUGCGACUCGCCCAUGUGCGACGACCUCGUCUGGUCGUCCUGCGGCAAGCAGAACUGGGGCAACCGAACCUGCGUCUACGUCUACGCAUACGCCGACAACUCCAUAACCACCGGCAGCCUCGAUGCGGACACCUUCACGUUCGCCGCCGCGGGCGACAGCUCCGGCGAGGCCUCCGUACCCGGCCUGGCCUUCGGGUGCGGCCUCUUCGACAACGGGAUCUUCACGUCCAAGGAGACCGGCAUCGCCGGCUUCGGGCGCGGCGCGCUAUCCCUGCCGUCGCAGCUCAAAGUGGACAACUUCUCCCACUGUUUCACCACCAUAACGGGGUUGGAACCCAGCACCGUCCUGCUCGGCCUCCCGGCCGACCUCUACGGCGGCGCCGUCCAGUCCACCCCUCUCGUCCAAAACUUGUCGUCUCUGACCGCAUACGGCGCCGUCCAGUCCACCCCUCUCGUCCAAAACUUGUCGUCUCUGACCGCAUACUACCUGUCGCUAAAGGGCAUAACCGUCGGCGAAACGAGGCUGCCGAUCCCCGAGUCAGCGUUCGCGUUGAGGCAGGACGGGACUGGCGGCACGGUCAUCGACUCCGGCCCCAGCAUGACGUUGCUACCCCGGGGCGCGUACGAGCUCGUGCGCGACGCGUUCGUCGCGCAGGCGAGGCUGCCUGUGGACGAGAAUUUUUUUAUUAUUAUUAGGGGGGCUAACUAUACUAAUUUAUAUAAAAAUUUAAUUAAAAUUUAAAUUUUCAAUGUAAAUUUAGGAGCCAUAGGGGGGCCA